AUGGGGAAGUUUUCUGUUUUCUCGUGGUUUUUAGUUUUCAUCUGCCGAAUAUUGGAUCUUAGCAUACAGUUCUAUCCAUUGCUUGGUGGUCUACAGCACAAUCUCAAAGAGUAUCAGACAGACUCUCAGCCAUUGCGUCCAUGCGAACUUCAGAGGGAAAAGGCUUUUACAGGAGGAGAAACCUACAUUCCUCAGUGCUCAGAAGAUGGCCAGUUCAGGGUAGUUCAGUGCAGCAGAAAUGGUCUUUCCUGUUGGUGCGUAGAUGAGAAUGGCUUCGAGGUACCUGGCAGCAAACAGAAUGGAUAUCCCAUAUCUUGCUUAUCCUUCUGCCAACUGCAAAAGCAAAGAAUCCUGGUGAGUGGCUACAUCAACAGCAGUAGCAUCUCCUACAUCCCUCAGUGCCUGGACUCAGGGGCAUUUGAUGUGGUGCAGUGUGACGUGGAGCUGGGUCAGUGCUGGUGCGUAGACCAAGAGGGAAUGGAGAUUUAUGGCACCAGACAGAGAGGAAAGCCAACACAAUGUCCAGGGACCUGUGAGAUCCGAGACCGUCGCAUUCUGCAUGGGGUUGGGGAGAAGAGCCCACCACAGUGCUCAGAAGAUGGAGAGUUUCUGCCUGUCCAAUGCAAGUUUGUCAACACAACAGACAUGAUGGUUUUUGAUCUCAUUCAUAAUUAUAACAGGCUCCCAGCAGCUUUCCAAACCUUCAGCUCCUUCCGUGAGACAUUCCCAGAGGUCUCUGGGUACUGCUACUGUGUGGACAGCCUGGGGAGAGAGCUUGCAGACACGGGCCUGGAGCUGCUGCUUGAUGAAGUUUAUGACACUAUUUUCUCUGCACUGGAGCCUGCCCGCAUGUUCACAGAGACCAGUGUGUAUCGGAUCCUGCAGCGACGCUUCCUGGGGGUCCAGCUGGCCACCUCUGGCCGCUUCAGAUGCCCCUCAAAAUGUGAGGUUGAACGUUACGCCGCUCGGCGCUAUCAGCAUGCCUACAUCCCAUCAUGUGAUGUUGAUGGGGGAUACACAACAGUGCAGUGCCAGCAGGGAGGACAGUGCUGGUGUGUGGACACCAAAGGGCAGGAGGUCCAGGGCACGAAGAGACGAGGACAGCCCCCAGCCUGUGGCAAAGAACAAAUGUGCAUCUCUGAGAGACAGCGGGCCUUGUCAAGGAUCUUUUAUGGCCCUGCUGGAUACUUCAGCCAGUCCAAUUUAUUUUCCACACCAGAUGUACAGUCGGAGAAAAGAGCUGGCUUCCCAAGACCCUGCCCUCCCUCCUUCAAGGAGCUGUUUCUGGACUCUGGAUUGUCUUCUCCGAUCAUGCAAAGUCCAUAUGCCAACCAGAUUCCUGGGCUAGAAUCCAUCCUUAGUGAAGCCAUUUCAGGAAUGUUCCCAUCAAGGGAACUGGCUCAAGUGGCAUUGCAAUUUACUGCCAAUCCAAAACGCUUCCAAGAAAAUCUCUUUGGAGGAAAGUUCUUGAAGAAUAUGAUUCAGUUUAACUUCACUGGGGCACUUGGCACUAGUGCCAAAUACAACAUCGGGCAGUUUUUCACACAGGAAGAUGCAACUGGGAGGAAUAGUAGCCAAGGCCUUCUGCAGUCAGCUGCAGCCUUUUCAUUGGAAGCAUCAAGGGGGAGCUCCAUUUUGAGUCAAGCUCUUGUAGGCAGCUUUGGUCGCACAGUAACUCUUCAAGACAAUCAGAAUAUCAUGAAAUUCCUUUCCUCUGUCUUGGAACUUCCAGAGUUCUUUACUUUCCUUCAACAAGUGAUUUCUGUCCCCAGAAGCAUUGCUGAAGAUUUAGGUGAAGUGGUGAAACUAGCGCUGGGAUCUAAAGACUGUGGUGAGGAGCCAAGGGACCUGUUUGUUCCAACUUGCACUAAAGAGGGGAGGUAUGAGCAAGUUCAGUGCUAUGCAGGAGAGUGCUGGUGCUUGGACACUUCAGGUAAAGAAGUCCCAGGCUCAAGAGUUCGAGGUGAACGUCCAAGGUGCCCAUCUGAUUGUGAGAAGCAAAGGAGAAACUUGCAAAAAUUGAAACGAAGCCUGUCCGCAGGAUCAGAUCUUUUUAUUCCCUCUUGUACCAAGAAUGGAGACUUUCUGCCACUGCAGUGUUAUGGGACAAACUGUUUCUGUGUUGAUCUGAAUGGAAAGACUAUUCCAGGAAUAAAUGGAAAUAUUGGAAAACCUAUACAAUGCCCCAGUGCUUGUCAAAUCACAGCUGGACAGGAGUUUCUAAAGACUCUGAAGCUCCUGUUGUCAGACCCAAGUUCUCUGACUCAGCUCUCCAGCAUUUACCUACCCCAGUGUGAUGCUGAUGGUGCCUGGAGGCAGGUGCAGUGCAGUGGUCCCCCUGAACAAGCUUUUGAGUGGUACGAACGGUGGAUUACAGAGAACAAUGAAGGCAAAACUCUGCCCAUUGCCAAUCUAUUGAACAUCCUAAUUGGAUAUAAAAAUGCCUCUUUGAAAGGUUACUCGGGUUUUAUUGAAGCUUUGUAUGAGGCUGGGCACCAGAAUGUCUUCCCAGCUUUCGCUACAUACUCAUCCUUUGCUGAUCUUCCACCUGAAGUACUGGAGGGAAAUGUGACCUCUGCAUCUGAGAACAUUUUGUUGGAUCCAUACACAUUCUGGCAGCUUCUGAAUGAGCAGUUUACCUACUACCCAGGGGCCUACACUGAUUUCAGUGCUCCUUUAAGCCACUUUGAGCUUCGUGAUUGUUGGUGCGUUAAUAGCAAUGGAGAAGAGCUGCAAGGAACAAGAUCAGAAGUGAGCCAGGUACCAACAUGUCCUGGUAUGUGUCAAAGUGUUAAGCAGGAAGCCAUGAAAUUUAUAGAGGAGACUGAGCAACUCAUCCGAGACUCGAACACUUCCCACUUCCCUUUUGGAGAGAGCUUCUUGAUGGCAAAGGGAAUGCAGCUCACGGACAGUGACCUCCUACGUUCUACUCGGCCCUAUGAAUCAGAGAUGAUGGUCUCUGAGAAGCUGUUAUCAGGCAGUGACUAUGCUCUCCAGCUGGCUGCACAAUCAGUCUUGCAUUUCUACUGGCGGAACCACUUUAUGUUGAAAGGUUUUGCUGGAGAAGCUACACAGCUGGGAUUUCACCCCUACAUCCCACAGUGUGAUGGCCUGGGAAACUGGGAGCCAACUCAGUGCUAUGAGAGCACAGGUCAUUGCUGGUGUGUGGAUGAAAGAGGACGUUAUGUUACGGAUUCCUUGGUUUCACGCUCAGCAGAACGUCCCAAAUGUCAGACGUCAUGUCAGAGAUCUCGAGCCAAUGCCUUAAUCUCCAGCUGGAGACAGAGUGGCUCAAAGCUGGAUGCCUCUGCAACAGAUCUGUUUGUGCCCUACUGCCUUGAGACAGGAGAAUAUGCCGUGCUACAGAGAUCUUCUUCAAACACCUGGUGUGUAGAUCCUGAGUCAGGAGAAGUGUUUCAGCCUGGCAACAAAGAUUCAGAUGGUGAUCCUGAGUGUCCUAGUUUCUGUAACAUGUUGGAGCUGAAAACUAGUUUACGAGAAGUUGGGAAGGGUUACAUCCCAAAAUGUGAAGAGGCCAAUGGGAUAUUCUCACCUGUGCAGUGCACCCAGGAUGAAAAAACUUGCUGGUGUGUAUUUGACAAUGGGGAAGAGGUACCUGGGACACGAGUAAGUGGAGAAAGACCUGCGUGUGAAAGUCCCCAGUGUGCUGUACCAUUUGGUACUUCUUCUAUCCUCAAUGGAGCUGUGUUCUGUGACAAAACGUUGGGUGUUCAGCAAUGCCGGCUGGUGUGCCGCCAAGGCUAUAACAGCGCUACUUCCAACACAUUGUUCCAGUGCGAUGUACAGAAACAUCAAUGGAUCUCAGCUGCCCCACUCUACCACGCCUGCCAGAAGCUCCAGUUAUUUCAGACAGUCCAAGCUCAAACACACUUUCAGCUGCUGCUACCUCCUCAGAAGACUUGUAGUUCUGACUACUCUGGCUUACUCCAGGCAUUCCAGAUAUUUAUUUUAGAUGAGUUGAAGGCUCGUGGUUUCUGUCACCUCCAGGUAAAUGCUUUUGGAAUUGCUGGCUCGGUUUCUGUCUGUGACGAUUCCUCUGUCUAUGUCGAAUGCUUGAGUGUGGACCGUCUGGGGGUGAAUGUCACGUGGAGAGCUCUGCUGGAAAACAUACCAGCAGCUUCUCUCCCUGACUUACAUGAUAUUGAAAAUGCACUUGUUGGAGAAAAACUCAUUGGAGCGUUUAUUAAAGAGAUUGAGGAUGGUCGUUUUCAGCUAUAUUUAGACUCCAAGCAAUUUAUAGCAGAUUCAUUCAUUGAUUUUCCCCAAGAUGAAGAGUUUGAUUUGUCUCCACGAGUGCAGCUGGGAUGUAGAAGCGGGUUUCGAAGAAUUUCAUCUCCUGGGAAAAUCGUCCCAAAUGCACAAGGAUGUGUUGUUUGUCCUCCAGGCACUAAUUUCCAGGAUGGUGAAUGCAUUCCCUGCCCUCCUGGCUACUAUCAGUAUCAGACAGGACAUUUAUCUUGCAUCAAGUGUCCUGUUGGCAAAACUACGAACUCUUAUGGGGCAUUCAGUGCUGACGACUGUAUUACUUACUGUCAAGGUAAUGAGCAGGGUUUGCAGUGCGAUGAGGAUGGCCAGUAUAGGCCUUCCCAACAAGACACCGACACUAAAAAAUCCUUCUGUGCUGAUGACUUUGGAGCAGCUCUGGACUGGACUGAAACAGAUGAUCUCCUUACUGACUCUGAGUGCUUAGUGCUGAGAAAAUUUGAGAGAGUUCCUGCCUCUACAUUCAUUUAUGGGUCAGACAAAGCUCAAAUUCUCAAAUCUCAGUCACUUGGGAGAGACCUGCAAAGUCCAACUUUUCAAUGCAUUUCAGUCUGUGAUAAGGAAGAAGCUUGCAGUUUUGCUGCUGUAACACCUGCUGGUGCUGAAAUAUUGUGUGAUUUAUACAGUGCUGCUGAAGUUAACUUCAACUGCACCACCUCUGAAUUGGUGCAAGGUGCUCUGGGGAAUCCUGCUGCCACUAGCAUCGGUCGUCUCAGCUGCUUGCUUUAUAUCAGGAAUCCAGAGGGAGAUGCUGUGAUGGUCUAUUUGAAGAAAGCACAAGAAUUUAACUCAUCUGGACUCAAGACCUUUGAAAGGACCAGUUUUCAGAAUGUGCUUUCUGGUGUGUAUCAGUCCAUGGCUCUCUCAGCAACUGGCACGUCUCUGACAGAUGCUCAACUCUUCUGCAGGCAGACUUGCAGCAGGGAAUCUUGCUGUGAUGGCUUCAUCUUGAGCCAGAUUGCACUUGAUGGAGGUACCAUCUUGUGUAGCUUGAUGACAUCUCCAGAUGUGCUGAUCUGCAAUGCAAAUAGUUGGAGCCCAACACAAACGUCAGUCAUAAAUGACAUAUGCAGAGGUCUUAGCUAUGACGAAGAGGGGAAGAUCUUCUCCUUCACUCUGGGAGGACAAGUGUUCAGUGGAAUGUCUAAGCUGUCAGAAGAGGCAGAAAGGAAUUUUACCACCUUUCAGCAAGUGUUUCUGUGGAGAGGCUCUGAUAUGAUCACCCGACCUGAAACUUCUGAGUGUGAUUCUACUGCUUUGAAGACAAAGGACAAUAUCAUGUUAUCAGAUUCCACAAAGGAUCUUUUCUACUUAAUGGAUGGCAGCCAGAUAAGAAACAACCCAAACUCCUCUAUCCCUUACCAGCAGUACUGGAUCUUCAGGCAGAAGUACUCAUCGGAAGAAGCCAUGCUUUGGUGUCUCACACGUUGUGCACAGGAAGAUGAGUUUUGUCAAAUGGCAGAUCUCCGAAAUACCUCAGACACGUACUUUGUGUGUACCCUGUAUCCAGAGGCACAGAUUUGUGAUGGUAACAUUGAACAAAUACUGGAAAGCUGUCGUACCGUGCUACCCUGGCAGCCACAGGCACUGCACCGUAAAAUAGUCACUCUGAGAAGUACUGUGAAGAGCUUCUACACACGCGUACCAUUCCGGAAAGCAACAGGGAUCUCAGUGAGGAAUGUGACUGACAUGAGCAGAAAAGCAGUUUCAAAUGGCUUUUUUGAGUGUGAGCGUUGGUGUGAUGCUGACCCCUGUUGCACAGGAUUUGGCUUUAUAAAUGUCACCCAGCUGUCAGGAGGAAAAAUCAUGUGCCUGACUCUGAACAGCCUAGGAAUUCAGACAUGUGCUGAGGAAUCGAGUGCUUGGCAAAUUUCAAACUGUAGCUUGCCAGACACUGAAGUCAGAAUACAUCCAUUCGGCUGGUAUCAGAAACCUGCUGAUCUGAUGAACACUGUGCCUAACCUGUGUCCUCCUGUUAGUUUGCCUUUCAGGCCAGAAAGUGAGUAUUUGGAUACGUGGCAACCCAUAAAUGUGUCCUCUGUUCUUGUGGAUUCAACCAUCUCAAACUUUGAAGCUAUUCAUGUUAGCAGGGAAAUAUCCAACGACUUUACCACUGCCAAAGACUAUUGCCUGUCUGUAUGUUCAAGGAAUCAGACGUGUGCAGUAGUUACACUGGAAAUCCGGGCUUCAGCAAUAAGAUGCCUUUUUUACCCCGAUACACAGUUAUGUUCACAUGGCCUGGAAGGGCACAGCUGUCAGGUUCUACUCAAAGAGCCAGCUACGUACAUCUACAGGAGACAAGAUUUAGUACUGCCUAUUUCUGAAUCAGAUUUAGCCCUGUCUGUCUACAUUCCAUCCCAUGGUGAUUUGAUUGGCAAAUCCAAGGCCGUACGGAUCGGCUCAGAGUGGAAAAAUAUCAGCCAGUUCCUUGGGAUUCCCUACGCUGCACCUCCUCUUGCAGAGAGGCGAUUUAAUCCUCCAGAACCAUUUGCUUGGGAGAAAACCUGGAAUGCUACUGUGGCUCGGUCAACUUGUUGGCAGCCAGGAGACAGAGAGACCCCAUCAUACUCUGUCAGUGAAGACUGCUUAUAUCUGAAUGUCUUUGUUCCUGUCACCACAGUCAAAAGCAUGUCAGUGUUGCUGUUCUUCCACAAUGGAGGGAGUGGCAAUGCUGAGGCAGGAAAGACGAUCAUAGAUGGCUCAUACCUCGCUGCAAUCAGCAACGCAAUUGUUGUAACAGCAAACUACAGGGUUGGUGUUUUUGGCUUCCUUAGUGUUGGAUCUUCUGAGGCAAGUGGUAAUGCAGGUCUUUUGGAUCAGCUGGCAGCUUUGAAAUGGGUGCAGCAGAACAUCGGUAGCUUUGGUGGAGAUCCAAGCAUGGUGUCUGUAGGAGCUGACCGUGGUGGUGCAGACAUUGCUAGCAUUCACCUGCUCACGGAAACAAUCAACAUGGGUCUCUUCAGGAGGAUGUUACUGAUGGGAGGUUCAGCUUUUUCUCCAGCGUCCAUCAUCACUAAGAAGAGAGCUCAAGCCCAAGCAGCAGUCCUGGCUGAUGAUGUGGGAUGCCCCUCAUCCACCAGUGAGGAAAUUGUGGCCUGCCUCCGCCAGUUGCCUGCUCGUGUCCUCAAUGAUGCACAGACUAAGCUCCUCGCGAUAAGCGGCCCAUUCCAGUACUGGGGUCCAGUGGUAGAUGAAGUUUACCUUCGGGAGCCUUUAGCUAAAGCCCUGCAGCGCCCUCAACUUCAGAAAAUAGAUCUGCUCAUUGGAAGUGCUCAGCAAGAUGGAUUGAUCAGCAGAGCUAAGGCAAUUAAGAGAUUUGAAGAAAGUCAAGGAAGAACCGACAGUAAAACAGCCUUUUAUCAAGCUCUGCAAAAUUCUCUUGGAGGAGAAGACUCCAACUUGUUCAUUGAAGAUGCAGCUACAUGGUAUUACUCCCUUGAACAUUCAACUGAUGAUUAUUCAUCGUUUUCCAGGGCUUUGGAAAAUGCCACCCGUGACCAGUUUAUCACAUGUCCUAUCAUAAGCAUGGCCAGUCACUGGGCUGCUAACUCCAGAGGAAAUGUCUUCAUGUACCACGUGCCUGCAAGCUCCUCAGAAAGCAGUUCAGGUCUGGAGCUCUUGCUGGAUGUUCAGUAUGCAUUUGGACUGUCAUUCUACCCCAAGUAUGAAGAACAAUUUACUCUGGAAGAAAAGAGCCUUUCCUUACAAAUUAUGCAGUAUAUCUCCAAUUUUGUGAACUCUGGAAAUCCAAACUAUCCUCAUAGUUUCUCAAGAAAAAUGUCACGGCUGCUGCCACCCUGGCCAAUGUUUCUGCCAAAUGAUGAUGGAGAUAACUACAAAGAAUUCACCAUUUCAAUGCCUACUCUUAAAGGAUUGAAAAAAGCAGACUGUUCCUUUUGGUCUGAUUAUAUUAGAAGACUGAAAGCAUCCACAGGAAGUGAAAGUAACGGAGAGCAAUCUGCAGAAUUCAACUCUACUGAAGCCCCUAGCAAAGGACUUGCCUCCAGUGAGAGCCAGCCAGUGGGAGACAAAGUGGCCUACAGCAAAUAGAAUGUGCUGUUGGAUGGGUUUGCCACAUAACUGUAGACCCAUGCAACUGAGUCACACCAGAUAAAACAUCUGCUUCCCUUAACUAACCUUCUAAAUAACUAAAGUAGAUGGUUCAAGAAACCUUUUGAAUAUGGCACAAAAUAAGUCAAACAGCUAUUAUUCAGAAGAAACUGUAAUUUGAAAAAUGAAAUGUCAAUAAAAACUGCAAAAAUGAAACAAAAGUACUUGGACUUAUUUCUUGCAACCCAAAUGCCUACGCAUAC